AUGGACAUCGAAGAGUUCCGUAAAAGAGGCUACGAAACGAUCGAUAGAAUUUGCAAAUAUUACCAAGAACUCGACAGCUAUGAUGUUUUAUCCAAGGUCGAACCCGGAUACCUUAGAAAACUUCUACCUCAAGAGGCACCCGAAGAUCCCGAACCUUUUGACGUGAUUCAAUCCGACAUAGAAAGUAAAAUUAUGCCUGGUGCCAAUUCAUCUUUUCCAGCAAUCUUGGGCGACAUGUAUAGUGAUAUGUUUAACUGCAUAGGAUUUAAUUGGAUUUGCUCGCCUGCUUGCACGGAACUCGAGACCAUCGUUCUCGAUUGGCUGGCAAAAUUAAUUGGUCUGGAUAGUAGUUUUCAUAGUGAAGGAAAAGGCGGUGGCGUGAUCCAAAGCACGGCCAGUGAUGCAAUCCUAGUGACUUUACUUGCAGCCCGACAGAGAGUUUUGAGCGAGUACAAGGCCAAGGGUUUAAACGAGGAUGAACUACAUGAGGUGUCAACACGUCUUGUCGCCUACGGGUCAGAUGAGACUCAUUUGUCUCUCAAAAAAGCUACGGUCGUAACGAACACGCGUUUUCGAGCUCUUUCGACAAGCGAAACCUUUUCGAUCAGAGGGGAAACUGUCAAGAUGGAAAUCGAAAAUGAUAUUGCGAAGGGGCUAAUUCCAUUCUACAUUUGCGCGACAUUCGGCACAACUGGCUCGUCAGCAAUAGACAACAUUUCCGAAAUCGCAGACGUCGCUCAGGACACGAGUGUGUGGUUGCACGUGGACGCGGCAUAUGCUGGCUCAUCCUUGGUGUGUCCAGAGUAUCGGCAUCACCUUGCUGGAAUUAAUCGAUCGGAUUCAUUUAAUUUCAAUAUGCACAAGUGGCUAUUGACCAACUUUGAUGCCUCAUGUUUGUGGUAA